AAAAUGAAAAACAGGAACAAGGACACUCUGCUAUUGAUGUUGCCACAUUUCUCAAAGCACUAGAGAGUAGAUAAACACAGACACUGACAUACGAAAAGCUUUUUACUUUUGGGUAUGCUCCCUUCACCGUUGUCUUCUUUCAUCAUCUGUUAAAUUAGAAGGGCACUAUAGAAAAGGACUUUGAACUGGCUUUAUAGACUGAAGAUAUAUGCUGUCAAAAUUCCAAAAUCUUGUGAGAUAAGUUUCCUGUUGUUAGUUUUACAUGCCCAAGUUAGCUGACAUUUAUGCACGUCGUGACCCAUAUUUAAUUCUGUCUUUAGUGCCUGAAGCCUAGCAUCCAGUAGUGCAGGAGUUCUUUUCAGAUAAGUAUAAAUGUUUGGCAGCAAAGUGUUUCUAACCUACAAAAGAAAGCGACAAUCUCUAAGUAGUAGCUUUAUCCAUGGGAAUUGUAGCCCAAAUUCAGAAAAAUCAAAGAAUACUGAUGAUGGUAAAAAGCUGUGCCUUGGAAUCGUCAAACAGUCAGAUUGUUCAUCAUUGCUUCCAAUCCAAAACCCUGGUGGCCUUAAUGCAGGAGAGCUUGGAAAAUAUGAUGCAACAGAAGUGAUAGUUACUACACAAAAUUCAUGUUCAACAAGAGAUCCAUGUGAGGAUAAUUUCAAGAGGGAUGCUGGUGAGUUACCCCCGGUAGAAAAGGCUUCACAGAAUGAUUGUGGCACUCUGAGAAAUUCUUAUGCCGGUGAAAACUCCGGUAAUGAAUGUGACAAUUGCUCUAAUAAAAAAAUUAUUUCCCCGUCAGUUGAAUUGGAUGGUGGGAAUGGGUUCAAUUUGGUCAACUCCAAAACAUCUGUUACAAGGGAAUCCAGUUCUGCAUGUGGCAAUGAUUCUCCUGUUUUGAAUAAGUCAAUGGAAGAAUUUACUGAUUCACCUUCCAAAGACAAUUUAAAGAACCCAUCUGAACAUAUUGUUAUGCAGACCAACUUGACCAGUCCAUUAAUAACCUUCAAUCGAUGUUAUAAAAGAAAAAAGUGUUUGGAUGGGACUGAUAGGCAAAGCAAGUUGUUGCACGAGAAGGAAAACAUUCCAGUGCUAACCAAGUGGAGCAUGCUUGCAAAUGGUAAUCCAUGUUCGAGCGAUGAAUCAUCUUGUGAGGAAUGUCCUGUAGAUAAUGUACCAGACCUUAAUCUGUCCAUGGAGCUUUCAGAAAGCGGGAAGCCAUUGAAUCAAAUACAAGACAAAACAUCUUUAAGAAGCUGCUCUAUGGUUUUUCUAACAGACCUUAAUCAAUCAACAGAGCUUUCAGAUAUAGGGGAGCUUUAUCAAACUCAAGAAAAAGUGAAAAAUGCUGACUCUCCUUGCACUUGUGGAGUUGUUUCUGAAUCCUGUAUGACACACGUGAGAGAGCAACUGCAUCAUGGAGAAGACAUUGUAAAAACUUUAUCUCAUACGGCUGUAACAGAAGUACCAAGGCAGUGUUGCCUGAUUCACAAGGAUGCCCAAUUUCUUCAUAAGGAUUUUCAAGGAGUCUCUAUCAAAGUUGAUUCUAGAGAUCCCGGUCCUGCUGCUACAACUACUGAUCAGGAACCAGAGAAGUCUCAGCUGUCUGUAAGAGAGGCCAUUCAAAAUGUAAAUGAUGAAUCUGCAGAAGAGCACACUGUUGAUUGUAACUUGGGUGCUGACGAGCAUCCCCUUCAUUCGAGGACGAGAACUCUUGGAGACAAUUUGGAAUCUACAAGCAGUAGUUCUGCAAUUGCCAAAGACCAAGUUUCUCAACUGGAAUUUUUAAAUUCUAGUAAUACACAGGUGAUUUCAGAAGGAAAGGUUGAUAAUGGUGUUUUCUCAAGUAUUACUUGGCCUCAGUCAGCUGGUUGCAUGACAUCUGAUGAAAUAGUGAAUGUUCAACAAACUAAAACUAAUCAACCAAAAUCAGUGCCAAUCCUUUCUCUUUCUUUGGGUUUGCCUUUACCUGUGGAGCUUAAGACUGACGGCUGUGAUUCCAUUAAUUGCUUGUCAGUAUUGCCGUUGUCGAAUUCAACCACUGAAACUAGAGAUAUUGUCCAAGAUCAAUUGUGUCAGCCUUCACCAAACCAGAAACCAGUUAUUCUCAGGCAUAAGGUAGUGCUUGACAACAUUGUAAACAGAGCAAGAGCUCUAAAUGAAAGAGGCAAUUUUCAAGAAAAUUUGAAGCCGCACACUAUCAUGUGGUCUGAAGAGGAGUUGGAUUUUCUAUGGAUUGGUGUGAGGAGACAUGGAAGGGGCAAUUGGGAUGCUAUGCUAAGGGAUCCAAGAUUGCGGUUUUCACCAUUAAGGGUACCCGGGGACCUGGCUGAGCGGUGGGAGGAUGAACAAUUUAAACUUUCAAAUGAUAUUGGUGUCCCACAAUUCAUGUAUCCAAAGGCAGAAAUGGCAGCAGCAGCAGCAGCAUUGCAAGCAAACUUUUGCUCCUUAGAUCCCAAAUCAUUUUUUUGGGGACAAAAUACAAUGGAGGAGACUAAGCUGUCACUUGGAGAUGUAUUUUCUUACAGGGAGAGUAACCCCUUGAAGAAAUCUCUUGCAAGGUUAAAUUUUCAAAGUAACUCCACAAUACACAGUCAUAGGCCAACUAUUCAUUCCAGGAGGACCUCUUACAACAACAAUGUAGAUAAGUAUGAAUGGGGAUUUUUCAAUGCUCCAGGAAACUUGAGUAUUCCCAGGGAAAAUUCUCAUUCACAUGAUUAUCCCUUUAAUUGUUCGGCUGCAAAGAAUAAUUUGCCACACUGGCUCAGAGAAGCAGUUAUUGCUCCUCCUUCAAAUUCAGUUGAGCAAAAUCUUUCUUCAGCUGUUUCAUUGAGUUCUCAUCCAGAGAUGCUGGGAUCUUCAGCAGAGCAUUGCUUUAAUGCUGGCAAGUCAUGCUUUCUGCCUCAAAAUUGGUUAAAUGGUUUGAGAACAAAUGAGGUACAUAUGUCAAAUGGUUCUCUCUAUUCAACCUAUUCAAGAAGAAAAUAUGGGAUGCUGAAAAUGAACAAGUCUCUGGAACAUCAUGUCAGCAAACCAGAUGACUUGAUCAUCAUUGAUAGUGACACUUCUUCUGAAGAGACCAUAUCUGAUGAUCACCGUGCCAGCUUGUAGAUUUGAAGAAAUUAUUUGCUGUUGAUAACCUUGUAUAACUGUUGUGACCUGUGGAAAGGUUGUAGGCGAAGUUGCAUGGUUUUUAGAUUAGCAAUUUGUAAACGUAGGAGAUGAUGUGACCUUUUGCUAAAUCAAUGUUGAUUUUAUGUUUUAAAUGCUUGACAUUAUUUUAGAGGGGAAAAAAGAUGAAAUGCU